AUGUUUCGCAGCACUCGUUGCACUUUGGCGCGAAGCUUCCGUACCAACCUCAAGUACCCCUCACUCGUGUCCUACAACAAGCUUCCGUGGGAGGUUGUGAAUCAUGACAGCACGAAGCUGCACAUGCACCUUGCCCCGAACUACGCGCAGCUCCUGACGCUCGCGGCGGUAACCAAUGUGCCGCACUUGGUGCUGGCUGCGCAUCUCAACGUGCCAGAGGCGGAGCGGCUGCGCGUGUUGCCCGGUGUGGUGUACAUUCUAGGUGGCCAGGCCGCUCACAAGAACCCGUUGAGCUUUACAGCAUACCGGGUCGCCGAUCCGACCUCGUUGCAGUACUACGGCCGUAUUCACCAUAGCCUAGCGGUGAUUCAGCGGGUGGACGUGUGCACGUCUGCUGACUUGCGACUCCUCUGCCUCGCUAUGCACUUCGAUGGUGUACUCACGAACACGUCGCCCGGCUCCACCCUUGAUUACAUCACCACUACGUCGCAAGAGGGCCGCUUUUCGCUCUUCUACUAUUUCCGCCCCAAUCGUCCAGCGAAUGAGCUGACACAGCCGUUUGAGAAGUUCUACCAGCAUCGACCGUUCCUCGCCAGCGUGGACACCUUCCAUGCAGCCUUGCCUGGCAAGGUGGAAUCGUGGACACCGGUGCUGCAGAUACCACGGCGUAAGUCGAAGGAAGCAAGGCUUACCCCGGCAGUACCAUAUCGCCCGCCACAAAACUAUCUGAUGGGGCUCGCAGAACGUCUCGGUGUCCGGCCUGGCAACUCGUUUGGCCGCCGAUCUCUGAUGUGGGGCACAUGGUUCUAG